CCUCGCUCAUGCCCAGUCGCGCGGCCGCGGCGAGGCGCGAGGCGGGUGAGGCGUACACGGCACGGCCGGGUAGGCCCGCGAGUUCGUUUCCGGUUCGUUACCUCCCCGUUUGCGGUUUCCGUUUGGUCCUUCCCCUCCGUGGUCCUUCGCUGCGCUGGAUGGAUUGGAUAAAUAGAUACAGUGUUGGGCCCCGGAUGUAAUAUCUACUGGCAGCGCAGACAUGCAUCGCAUCGGACCUCGUAGUGCGACUGUGGAGCCAGGCUCCAAGAUAGCGGGUAUGUACGACCUGCUGGAGACCCUGGGCCGCGGACACUUCGCCGUCGUGAAGCUAGCCAGGCAUGUCUUCACUGGCGAGAAAGUGGCGGUGAAGGUUAUUGACAAAAACAAGCUGGAUGAUGUGUCGAGGGCUCACCUCUAUCAGGAGGUCCGCUGUAUGAAACUUGUACAACAUCCUAAUGUUGUUCGUUUAUAUGAAGUGAUCGACACCAAUACAAAACUGUACUUGAUUCUGGAAUUGGGUGAUGGGGGUGAUCUAUAUGAUUACAUUAUGCGUCAUGAAGGCCGAGGGCUGGAUGAGGAGACUGCCCGAAACUACUUCAGACAGAUUGUUCGCGCUAUUGAUUAUUGCCAUCGCUUACAUGUAGUCCACCGAGAUUUGAAACCUGAAAAUGUUGUUUUCUUUGAAACUUUGGGCAUUGUAAAAUUGACUGAUUUUGGCUUCAGUAAUCGCUUUUGUCCUGGCCAAAAGCUAGAAACUUCAUGUGGAUCUCUUGCUUACUCAGCACCAGAAAUUUUACUUGGUGAUUCGUAUGAUGCUCCUGCAGUGGAUGUUUGGUCUUUAGGAGUAAUUUUAUACAUGCUGGUAUGUGGUCAGGCGCCUUUUCAAGAGGCUAAUGAUAGUGAAACUUUAACAAUGAUUAUGGACUGUAAAUACACAAUACCUGUUCAUGUCUCUGAUAACUGUAAAAGGUUGAUAUCAAGAAUGCUUGUGAGAGAGCCUGAUAAAAGAGCAACUCUUGAAGAAAUAUCUCAUGAUGCUUGGCUUGCAAUGGAUGAAGCAUCUGAACCUCAAUCUGAAUUGUUACCUCUCGUAUCCCGGGAGCAGGUAUCAGAUGACGAUCAUGCAGUAAUAAUUCAGAAAAUGGCCAAUGGUAAUAUUGCUACAAAGGAGGAGAUUAUUGAAGCUCUUGAUAAAAAUGAGUAUAACUACAUCACAGCCACAUAUUUUCUGCUUGCUGAGCGUCGUCUCAAGCAAGUGCGACAAGCCACUCUUCCUAAGAGACCUGCUUCACGGAGUAAAACAUUGAAUAGCUCUCAAGGCAGUAAUAACCCGCUAGUAAGUGUUUCCCCAGUGGUAGAGGGUGAGCUGGAGUCCCCAAUAAACUCUGUGAAUCCAUCUUUGCUUGCCUCACCUUGCGCUGUUGGAGAUGUCCCUGGCCAGAAUUUUCGAUCAAGGAAGUGCAGUAUUGUUGCUGAGGAAGAGGACGAAGAGGAAGAUGAUAUUGUUGCAGGAAGUGGUUCGGAUGAUAUUGCUUCAGCUUGCUCUCUCAAUAGACGAGGAUCUCGCUCUGAAGGAAAACUUAGUGCGUUAGUCAAAGACCGCCUUGCGGAGGCUGAACGCCGUAAAGAUUCGCUGAAGGGAACUAUUUCACAGCAAACUGAUGACACCCCUAAACUACGCACCACAAUCUUAAAAGAAUCAUCGACAGUGUGUAUUCCAACUCCCCUCCAUGCACCAGGUACUCCUAGUGUGUCGCCACGCUAUAAAAGUUUGCCUUCUCCUGUGCAAUCCCUUAGAUCAUCUGGGUCAUUAUUGAACGAAAUUUUUGAAGAAGGAGAAGGUGGUUUCAGAACAGUUGACCAUUUGAAUGAAGCUCCAGCUCUCCUACCUAGCAGCAGACCAGGAAGAGUAAGUCCGCGCACAAUGACAAGUUACGAACAGCGACGCAGUAAGUUUCACAAGACAAGAACUGCAUCAUGUAGCUCCUCGGAUGCAAGUGAUGAUGAUAGUGAGAGUCGCAAGAAACGAGCUCACAAGUUAAAAAACUUUCCACCACGAAGAGACUCUCAUGAUGACUCAAGUGAUUCACAAGACCCAGGUGGAAGUUGUAAGAGACCUCUGGUGAGAACCCUCAGAAUGACAAGUUCUGACAUCUGUGGCUGCACAAGAUAGAUCUGCCUGACGCACAUUUAUUCAAGUUCCAGGCGAAACUCUUACCUUGUUAAUGGCAUGCUUAGAAUUGUCAACUUUCUGUAUUGGUUUUCCUUUCUCUUUUGUUCUACUUCUAAUUCUAUCUGUGGUUUAAUUGAACCCUGUUGUUUAAUGUGCAACUGAAAUAUGACCCUACUGGAAACAUCUCAAUAUAAUUUCAACUGCUUUUGGACUUUGUGUAACUCCAGUUUGUGUAUCAAAGGUUUGUCAAAUAAGACAUUCACCUUUAAAAUGACAUCCAUGUAAAAUAUUAAAAUAUAUUGAGAUUUUACUUCGCACUGGGUAAAAGCAAAUCCUGAGAUACCCAGCAGUUUUUGGCAGUUUCCUUUGUACUUGAAAAGUCUCAAAGAUCAGGUGGGUUCCUUAGAAAUAAGCAACAAGCUCUAUAUGUAUUUGCUGGGAAUCCAUUGGGAGAAAGUCUGAUUUCUAGGGGACUCACUGAGAUUCUGAAAUUCCCCGGAAUCACAGGCCCUGUGGUCUUAAGCAUUGAAUCAAAUGAGUGAAUUUUAACUGGAGCACUGUUCUUCAUUUCAAUUACAAUGGAUUUUUUAAGUAUGACUACUGAUUGACGUGUCUUUCUGACAAACCCUUAUUUUUAUUUUUCUAUUGUUGAUGUAAUGUAAAAGUUAGGUUUUGGAAGAAAUUGUGAAAUUUGGUUUCAUAUUAUUCAUCUUUGAAAAUAUUUUCAGGGUAAUUGAUCAACCUAAAGCUUUAUAAACAUCCCAUUUUAACAAUGACAUGAAUUGUAAAUGGGGACUUGAUGCUGGUAAAUUUACUUUAUCUUCUUCACUUCUGUUUGCCUCUUCAUUUUCGUCUUAAGAAAAAAGAAAGUAUAUUUUGCAUAGGUACUUUUAGAUUAUUUUUUUCUCUUCUGAACGAUCCAUCAAAAGAGAUUAUGGCAAGUGUUCUUUUCAAAUCAACAUUUCUUUUAAAAAUAUUUAAGCAUUUUGAAGCUUAGUGAUUUUUGUUCUUAUUACAGUAACAUGAGCAUGUCAAUGAUAUUGUAAACGGUAACUCUGUGGUUAUUCCCCAUUUCAAGUAAAUCAAGUUGAGGGCCUUAAUCAUUAAGUUUUUAAUACUUAAAACUCUCAUGCAAUUCCAUGACACAAAGCUGCUAUUAACUGAGAGGACUGGUUGUUUCAAAUCCCAAAAAUGGUAUGUAGUGAUAAGAACACAGUAGAUCAUGUUCUGCUGUGUUCCUAGGGUGGCAUACAGCACACAUUUGCCUAAUACGAAACACAAUUCAGAUUAGUUGCUAUAGCAAUUCCAUUACCAAAACAAUAUCCAAUAAAAUGUAAAGAUAAAAAAAAAUACUCAUCUUGUACAUAUUGUAUGUUCUAUAUGCGCAGGACGCAUGUAUAUGUAUGUAUGAAUGUAGAAGUUUACAUGAUGUAAAGCAAGAAUGUAAAUAUGAUUUAUUCACAUACAUGUUCGAAUUCUUUGUCCAAUAUUGUAAUCUUGGUGUAAAUAGUGAAUUGUAGUCAAACUUUGAAACCAAAGCAAUUAAAAGUUUGAAAAAACUUUCAAUUGGAAACUCCCAAUAGGAAUCUACCAUGUACCUAUUGUUGAGGAAGGAAGCUGUUUUUUGAGAUCAAUAUAAGAGUCUUAAGCUAUGUUAUUUAAUAAAUGUUAUACAACCA